AUGAAACGUUUCUUCAGCAAGUCACCAAAGCCCUCAGAUACCAGUUCUGUACCAUUUCCAGCAGCAGUCCCUACCUCCUUGCCUCAUCCUCACUUGCAGCCAAAAUAUGUCAUUCCACCAGUUCCUCAUCCAGCCCCAUAUGACCAUGUAGCGCUUCUGGUGACAAAGGAAGGUCUGUUGAUGAGACCAUAUGAAUCCGGUGCAGAGAUGUCCUCUGUCCAUGGCGCCAAAAUUGCCUGGGGUCUUGGCGGAAAAGUUGAGGAGAUGUCUGUCGUUGGAGAGUGGGAAGGCUACAUCAUCGUCUACGGUAUUGUCGGUAUUCUUGAACUUUUUUCAUCAUCGUAUCUACUGGUUAUUACCGCCAGGACAGACGUUGGAAAUCUUUUUGAGGAAAGCCAUUCAAUAUAUGGUGUCAAGGACGUCAUGGCGAUACCUCUUCAUGAAGAGGGAGCUCGUGAAAGGAUUAGAAUGCUUGCAUCAAGUGUAAAUCUGGGCCAUCUUCCGACCAGCCGUACUCUGGAUACCAUUUCCUCUUCGUGCACCACCAAUUCGACAGGCGAUUUGUUACCCUCAUCCGCAGAUCCUACCAUUCCUAAAUCAAGCCCACGUAUUCAAUUUGCACCGACACCUGUUUCUGAUUCGAACGCCGACAAAUAUACAUCAGCCUCUCGUCCGCGCUCUCCAUCUGACGCGUCGUCAAUAUCGUCGGAGUCAUCUACGGUGUCUCCUGUAAUCAAGGUGCUGGCUUCGCGACUAUCGUUUUGGAAUAGAUUAUCUUCUGGUGCAAAUGACUUGAAGCAGACCAGCGACAAUGUUUUACCCCCAAAUUCUGAGCGAGGCAAGGCCGAGAAAGAUAUUCUGGAAGGGAAGGAUCCAGAAGAACUGCUAACUAGUAUCGUGGCUCCUGAACCCAUCUCACCGGAAGAAAGACAUUCGGAGCUGGAGGGAAAGAUUAUUAAAGAGUGCGUCAAGGAGUUCACGAAAGGUGGGAUGUUCUUUGCAUACAAUUUUGACAUAACACGAUCUAUGCAACAUAAACGCGAUCUGAUGGCCAAGACCCAGAGACAAACAUUCUUACUCGCGGAUCUCAACGUUUUCUCCUCUCAUAAAUUAGACAAUACCGGUAAUUUGUCUGAGCCAAAUCCAACGCUGCCGCUUUGGCGAAGAGUGGAUAGGAAGUAUUGGUGGAACGAGUGGUUGGCAAAGCCGCUUAUCGAUGCUGGGUUGCACGCAUAUGUCUUGCCUAUCAUGCAAGGUUACUGCCAAAUAUCCACAUUUGAUAUACCAGAAGAUGGUGCUGAGAAUUCGGUCCCUGUUGAAUAUGUCCUCCUAUCCCGGCGGUCAAGAGACAGGGCGGGGUUGAGAUACCAACGGCGCGGAAUAGACGAUGAAGCUCAUGUGGCUAACUUCGUGGAGACCGAGACGAUAAUGCGAGUUGCGAGAGAAGGGCAUACGAAUACGUUUAGCUACGUGCAAAUUCGAGGCUCAAUACCUCUUUACUGGACACAAACCGGGUAUGGUUUGAAGCCUCCACCUGUACUUGCUACGGACCGGACGCAUGAGCAGAACCUCGAUACCAUGAAGAGACAUUUUGGGAGAACGGUACCUCUUUAUGGGCCUCACACAGCAGUGAACCUCGCGGAACAGCAUGGUAAAGAAGCAGCCGUUACGCAGGGGUACAGAGACUUUAUGGCGGAGUUGGCGUUACCUGAUGUACAGUAUCAUGAGUAUGAUUUUCAUAUCGAAACUAAAGGAAUGAAGUACGAGAAUAUAUCGAAGCUCAUCGACAAGAUGGACAGAAUAUUCGAGCACCAGGGAUUCCUGUGGAUUUCGGACGCGAAUGUACUCUCCUCGCAAAGAGGCGUCUUCAGAGUGAAUUGUGUUGAUUGCCUUGAUCGUACGAAUGUAGUCCAAAGUGCCUUUGCUCGUCAUGUGCUGCAGACACAGCUCAGGGCGGUGGCGUUGGUGGGCGGUACGAGGGAUAAUGAUGCAGUGUUUAAUGACGUCUGGGCCAACAACGGAGAUGCUAUCAGUCGCGCUUAUGCGGGUACGUCGGCGUUGAAGGGUGACUUCACAAGAACUGGCAAACGUGAUCUGAGUGGGCUGCUCAACGACGGUGUGAAUUCUUUGGCUCGCAUGUACACCUCUAUAUUCAGCGACUGGUUCUGCCAGGCUGUGAUCGAUUUCAUGCUUGGCCAUCGAACACUUAGCGUGUUCAGCGAAUUUUUAUUGAAAUUACAAUCAACAGAUCCCAGAGACUUGAUACGGCUGUCGAAGAUCAGAGCAGAAGCCAUAGCUACCAGUGUAGCAAGGGUUUUAGAAGAAGGCGAGAGGUUCUUGGUUGGAUGGACCAUGUUUGCUCCGGAGGGAAUGGCCGUAAAAGUUGGAGAUAAGUGGGAAGAGAAGGUGUUACUUUUAACUGCGAGAGCUAUUUAUAUUAUUAGCUACGAUUAUACCUUACAGAAGGUGAAGAGGUAUACGCGUGUACCAUUGGGCGAUAUUAUUGGUAUUACAAAAGGCGAGUGCGAUUCCACGGUGAUCGUGCGGUGUGCCUACAUACUGUCUCCAUUAGAAGAAGCGAGUAGGGAUCCAGAGCAGAACGCAGGGUUUGUGAUCGAAUGGCUGAGUAGUCGAGAGAUCACACGUGUGACGAGCUACUCGAUGAGGAACUCGUUGGAAUUGUUAACCAAUUCCUCGCCUCUCAAACCGCCAGGGAGCAGGUAUAAGUCCAUGACCGUUGGAGCGACCAGAGCAGACCGGGUCACGCUAAACUCAAUUUUAAGGAAUGGGCAUGCUAAUGCCGCAGAGAAAACAUUCGCGGCGUUCAAGAUGCUACCUAUCGAUCCUACCCGGUCCCGGUCACAGAGCGCAGGCAGUGAAGAGGUCGAGAGAGCGGGGAACUGUCGCGAAGCUGUCGAUAUGAUGGUUGAACGGAUUAAGCGGGCGUGUGAAGAUGUUAGUGGAGUGGAUGAUGGAUUCCUGAGGGAAAGGGAUGUGGUAAGUCUCGCCGAGGCUCAGAGAAUGACGAGUAUGUAUACCAAGAUGGAAUAUGGGGUAAAGAGGCUACUCUGGCUGGGAGGUUAG